AUUCCAAAAAGUUGAAGGGGUCAAACUAUAACUAGAAGUGCACUGUCUCCAUUUCAGAGAGACGAGAGUUGUGAAGUCCGAAUUCCGAUUAUCGAACGGAGCCACCGGCAAGAAUUGCUUUGGGCGAAUCAUCUACAGGGAUAUCGCAAUGGGAUACGUGCAGGAAGCCCGAGAAAAUCACGUCAAGAAGAAGGUCGAAGAAGCUUUGCGCAGUAAAAUGAAGCAGAAAGCACUUCAACAAUGCAAUCACUACACUGCAAAGUAUGCUGAAUGUGCCUCAGGAAGAACAUUAUCUGUUGUUUGGCAGUGCCGCAAACAAGCUAAAGAAUUAAAUGGGUGCCUCCAUCAGUAUACAAAUGACUCUGUUUUGGAAGAAAUGAAGAAAGAAUACAUGCUUCAACAAGACGGGAAGGAACCACCUAGAGCUUGAGUUUCACUUUCUUGGUACUUUCAGUUUGUAGCUCUAAACAUUGUCAUUGUACCUACUUUCUGCUUGGUCAAGUUAUACUGGAAUUAGAGUGGUUUCUGCUCAGUCAUGUUGUACUGGAAUUAGAAGAAGAAUAUUUGAUUUUUUUUUUCUUUACUUGAAAAGGAAUAAGUGGGCUUCGUAUUAUGCAAGUCAUUUCUGGGAUGAGAUUAUUAUAUGUUGCUCCAGA